CGCUAGCCAUUUGCGAACCGUGUUCGCCAAUGUGGUAUCAGCGCCGCUAUCGUCCAACGAUCGUCGAAGGAAAAAAGGAACCGUCCGCCUUUCACCUGCAAUAAACUCUGCUCGAGACAUUGGCUCGUGCUAGUCGCUCCUGGAGAACUGCUCGCGUUGGUUCGAAUCGAGCGGUGUUUGGUGAAGCACGGUGAGUUUCGAUCCACGAAUCCCGAUCGAUGCAGUCUCGAUCGUGACGAGGUGCGAUUCCGUUUUGGCAGGAGAGCAACAGCGCAAACGCGGAAGAGAGGAACUGAUGUUGGCGUCAAACCGGAUGAAAUACCAGGGACGAACCAGCGAUAGUCUCGCUGGAAGUUCAAGGCUGAAGCCGUGAGAAGGUGAUAACGUUCGACAAACUGGAUCCGCUGGACUUUGGCAAGCUAGGCGUAGAGAGUGCGUGCUCGCCUGGAUGAAGCUGUAUCGAAUGACCGAUUCAUAGACCUGUUCGCGCGAACGUGGAAAUCGGCAGAAACGAUCGAGAAUGGCUUCUCUCUGGUAUAUCGGAAUUUUUGCAGCGUUAGUUGUAGGACAAGUAUGGGCAGACUUACAAGUUUCGUCUCAAGACCUAAAAGUUCACCUUGACGCUCAAAAGUCAUUUACUCUGUGCCUGACGAAGAAUCUAUCUGGAGCUGCAUCUGUGUUGAUAAACGUGCAACAUCCAGAUUUAUUAUCCACUGAUCCUGUUACUUUUAAUAUCAGUGAGAAUGAUAUUAAGAGCCAGUGGAAUAUAUCUGUAAAGGGCCUUAAUGCAGGACAUUCCAUUGUUAGUGCUAAUGUCACACCUUAUAAUAUAACGGAUUUUUCACAAGCAUUUGUUAGAGUUACUAUAGAAAAGUCGGACACUCUUUAUCAUAUAAGUGCUGUAGUUGGAUGGAUAUACUUUUUAGCAUGGAGUGUAAGUUUCUAUCCACAGAUAUACAGCAAUUACAGACGGAAAAGUGUUGUAGGAUUAAAUUUCGAUUAUUUAUCGUUAAAUUUGGUCGGUUUUAUUAUGUAUGCCCUGUUUAAUUGUGGUCUAUUUUGGAUACCAGAAAUAGAGAUUGAAUAUUUUAAGCGAUAUCCGAAAGGUUUAAAUCCUGUGCAAGUGAAUGAUAUAUUUUUCUCUUUGCAUGCAGUAUUUGCUACUGUGAUAACUAUCGUUCAAUGCUUUUAUUACGAGGCAGGUACUCAAAGAGUAUCUACAACCGCACGUAUUAUUCACGGAAUAUUUGCAGUCAUUGUACUAGUUUCUAUAAUACUAGCUGGCACAGAAACGCUAGCGUGGCUCGAUUUCCUAUAUUAUUGUAGUUACAUUAAAUUGUGUAUAACAUUAAUCAAAUACGUUCCACAAGCAUUUUACAAUUAUAAAAGAAAAUCCACAGUUGGUUGGAGCAUAGGAAAUAUAUUUUUAGAUUUUACCGGUGGUGUUUUGUCGAUGCUGCAGAUGAUACUGAAUGCAUACAAUUAUGAUGAUUGGGAAAGUAUUUUUGGAGACCCAACGAAAUUCGGUCUGGGAUUCUUUUCAGUUGCAUUUGAUAUAUUUUUCAUUAUACAACAUUACAUUUUGUAUUGACUAGAUACCCACAAUGCAACAAUCGAUGAAACACUUCACAAACAAGAAAAUUUAUAUAAUGGAGAUAAAGGGACAAUAGUGAAAGAUACAUGUUGCUAUUUAUAAAUAUAUUAAAAAUGUAUUAAAACUUGCAAACUUCAUUCCAUUUUGAAUGAAGAUUCAGUAUUGAGUAUUUAAAAUGUUACAGUAUAUGCCUAUUAUCGUAUUAUAAUAGGAAAUUUACAUUCCACUUAAAAUGUUGAUAAACAGUCACUAUUGAGAUUAUUUUUACGGGUUUUUAAAUAUCUAAAUGAAUCUCCGUUGGUUGUUGAUUAUAAAUAAAUAAAUGAAAAAAAAUACUUAGAUUGAUAGAUGUACAUACGUGUAAGAAUUAAAUUACUGUAUUUUGAUUUAGCCUAACUAGUUUUGAUGCAAUAUUCUAAAUAAAAAUUGUAAAUAUAUUUUUUCGUGCCAAACAGUUACUAGGGUAAUUUUAAUACAAAUUCAGUUUUGUUAUCGAUGAAAAUAAUGCGACUACAUUAUUGUGCCAAACAAUGUUCUUGUAAAUAAAAUACAUAUUUAGCGUU